CGCCGCCUGAUCAGAGAGCACUGUCUCCCUUAUCCUGCACACCGCUCGUGCGGGUCGCGGGCUCGAGCUCGCUCUCAUCUACACUCCUACUCCCCCCCCCCACAAUCGCCGCUAAUUCCUCCAGGUCUGCUGUAGACGCAGCACAUGGCAGACUCGGACAGCGCAGCGCCGGUCAUACCUCCAACAGCGCUCGCACAACCGCCGCCGCAAGGCUCCCCGGACGUGAACGCGACCCCGGAACCCGAGCCUCCUCGUAAGCGCAAAAGGAUUGAAGACCAGGCAUCCGACCGCUCAGCGCAGACCUGUGAUUCUCAACAAGCGAACGAUCGCACCGGCAAUAUGGAUAAUGGUGAAACACACGCUGCACCAGCAGUGCACGACGAAAACUAUUAUGACGAAGGUGCGGAUUGUGUGAUCAGAGUCGAAGACACGCUCUUCAGGGUUCACCGCUUUUUGCUCGCCCGGGAUUCAUCAGUAUUCCAGGAUAUGUUCAAUUUACCUACGGGCGAGGCGAAAGAGGAGACCCCUCAAGAGGGCUUCAGCGACGAGGAGCCUAUACAUCUCUUUGGAGAAACUGCAGAGGAGUUCCGCAUCUUCUUAUCUGUGCUCUAUGCGCUACCAGAGGAAUUACAUGCGUAUCGGACGGCGUCUUCAGACAUAUCCCGUCUGUUGACCGUCGCCUCUCUCACGAACAAAUAUCACUUCAUCAGCACCGCCUGGUGGGCCGUCUCUGCUCUCUACAGCGUCACUUCGGGAGAAUUCGGCCCGCCUACGCAUCCUAUGGGUGAUCUCACGCGGGCUUCCACCGCUGCCCUCAUACGGAUACUCGAAGUCGCUAUGCGUUGUGGACACAGAAGACUCAUCGACUUCGUGGUCGAGUCCUGGUCCAACAGGAUACUGAGCAAGGACCUUGCUCCUCGCGCCGCUAUGCGCGUAGCCGACAGAUGGGACCUGGACGGUCUCAGAGGGGUCGCCUACUAUGUCCAACUCAUGGAGAUGGGAAAGGACUUCGAUGGGCGACUUCGCAUGGGUCACAACCUGCUUUCGACGCAGACUCAAGAGAUGAGGCCCGCGCGCUCCGUCGCGCAGUUGGUGCAGGUGCAGGGUUCUAACGAAGAGGCCGUCGUGCCUGCACCUGCGCGAAGCACUUCGUCCUCGGAACCUCCGAGCGAAGACGAAACUGCACCGCUGACUACCGUUCAACUGCGGCGUCUGCUUUCCGGAUUCUACGCCAUGGUCACGCUCUGGGACCACCUCCGUCUCAACCCUCCCAACUUCCCUCGUCCCGACGGUUGCACGUACCAUAUGCAUGGCUGCGUCCUGACCUUCCGCACCGUUUGGCUGGACGCGGCGAAGCACGACAAAACAACAACUUACGGAAGCGCAGACGUUGUUGGUCGGCUCCGAUGCGUGGAGGACCAACUCCGUGCAAGCACUGACCUGGCAUGUGCUCUCAGCCCCGGCUGCAAGCGCGAGGCGCUGGCUGCCGUGAAAAAGCUUGUGAAGGACGUGCAGGAAGGUCUAUCAGCCCGCUUUGUGGAUUUGUCGGUCGUCGGUGAUUGAGCUGGUGGGUGGAAGAAGUGGGGACGCUCGUGGGAGCGUCCAGGUUGUUUUUCAUGCUAUCUGUUGCAAGUCUGUUGGCUCGCAUCAUGGGUCUAGCAAGGCCAUUCCACUGCUAUCUCACUUCCUCACCGACCGUAAACACGUUGUUGUGUGUACCACGGACAUGUAAAUAGUGGUCUGGCCUUGUAUCAGUAAGGUGGAUUAUGUACGUCCCAUUUGCCCUUGUUGUGUUGUAUCUAGCACUCAUAUCUAGGAUACCAUCUGCGUCUCGGGAGGAUGGGUAGGGUUCAGACUACGGGACAGUUGCGGGACAGUGUCGUGGAAGCAUAAAUCAGACUUUUAGACUUGACCGGCCUCGAGCCGUCUCGACUUUGGACCCUGCGUGCGCCUCGGUGCCCUAGGCCCAUCCAGUUCAGCACUUAGAGCAGGGUCCGGCAUCUGAAGCCGUCUAGGGAC